GGCACCCGCCUAGUUUGCUAUUUUAGUCUUCCUACUGGGCCGGACUAUUCAACUUGCUAGCUUACCCCUCUUCCUCUCUGCUCACACAUACAUUUGAACUGUUGACGAAUUUCACUUGUCUCUGCCGCAGUUGUGGCCUGGAAGUUUUGACGGAGAGUUCUAUUGUACAAGGCAGACUGGACUAAACAAACAAGAGAAAAGUUGGGAACUCCUGCUAGAAGAAUUUGAGAAGAAAUGGGAAAUAAGUAUAACAACCUGUUGCAAUCUUUUGUGACUCAUUCAUAAAAGAUACGACAGCCUCAAACAUAGCCUACACGGAAGUUAUUUUUUAUUUGGAAAUGGUGAAUAAAAAACACGUUUGGGAGUUUUGCAUUUACAAAUAGCAGCAAAUGCUAUUUUAAUACGUACAAGACCUUGCUGUUUCUUUUGUUUUAUAUAACAUGCCUGCAUCGCGACUCUUUUCGCUGUGCAUGCAGGUUGUGGAGGAAGCACCGCCAACCCAGAUGGCACAGUGAUCUCGGAUGCUAAACAAAUUAAGAGUUAAAAGUUUUUUUAAAAAGAGUACGAAUCCAGUGUGGGAAGCAACGAAGGUUACUUUGAAUGUUUUUCAAGCGGGACGUUCUCUUGGUAUUCUAAAGACUCCGAUUGCAAGUGUUGCCGGUUUCUUCAGAAUGAGUCUUUCCACUGCAUCGGGAUAAGACCUAGGAAGUGUACGUGAGCAACACAGCAAUUUGGUGACAAUACAAUAACAGAUGGAAUUACGGCGUCGGGACAGACCUUAGACACUGACAGACAGGAGAUUCAUUUAGCGGGAGCGGCAGCAGGCGCAGUGUCAAUCCCCCCUGCGUCGGGCCCCAUGGACCUGCGGGUGGGCCAGCGCGCGGUUCGGCCGGGCUCCGACACGGCCAUGCUCACGCCCCUUCCCCACCCCCUCCUGCUGCCCAGUCCCUUCUCGCCGCAGCCCUGUGCCCAGUUCUCCCAGCAGCAGCUGCACCAGCACAUCAGGUUCAACAUGGAGCAGAGGAGGCGCGAGCAGGAGCAGGAGAAGCAGCAGGAGCUGCAGCAGCUCUGGCACAAGGAGAAGAGCCAGCAGAGUGCUGUGGCCAGUUCGGCAGUGAAAAAGAAACUCCAGGAAGUGAUUCUGAAGAAGCAGACUCAGGCUGCUUUGGAGAGGACCAACUCCCACCCACUGAGUGGCCCGCCUGUGGGAUACAGGGAGCUGGCCCCAGACCCUAGCGCACCCCCCCAGCCCUUAAUGGUUUCGUCUCCUGGACAACAGCCGGGGGGCGACGCCUCCGAGGACCUGCCGUUACGGCGAGCAGCGUCGGAGCCCAACCUGAAGGUGAAGCACAAGCUGAAGAAGCACCUGAACACCCGGAAGAGUCCGCUGACCCGCAAAGAGAGCGCCCCGCCCACCAUCAAGCACAGGGUCCCCGACACUCUGGACUCCUCCCCCAGCAGCAGUAGCACCCCGGUCUCCGGCUGCAGCUCCCCCAACGACAGCCUGGAUAACGGGGUCCUCCCCGCCGCGGCCGGGCUGUCCCACGAGGCUCAGAGGCUGCUGCUGCAGGAUGGCACCCUGGCCCAUUUCACUGUGCCCAGCAUGUCAACCAUGCCCACCAUCACCCUGGGGCUGCCUGCCAACGCCAAGAGUGAUGCUGAUCUGGGCUCUAUGAAGGUGGGCCGGGUUCCGGUUCUGGCUGGGGGCCCUCAGGUGUACCUACCCCUGGGCCUGGAGGAGGCAAGCGGCCCGCUGCCCUCUCACCUCCAGCCCGUGCUCAUCCUGGAGCCCUCCGGCCUGAUGCACUCUCAAAUGGUGGCUGUUCCAGGCUUGGGUCAUGUGCCCGUGCAGUUUGCUCCCCAUCUAGAAUGCCUGUCCUCUAUGGGCCACAAGCCCCUGAGCAGGGCCCGCUCUGAGCCCCUCCCCCAGAGCCCCAGAGGGCUGCACCCCCACCUGCUCCAGCAGCACCAGAGCAGCCAGCACCUGGAGCGGCUCAAGCAGCAGACGCACCUGGGCAAGCUCAUGUCGAAGUCCAGCGAAAAGCCGCGGCUCAAGCAGAUUCCCUCGGAGGACAUGGACUCCGAGGAGGCGGGGCCUGCCCCCGGAGACGUCCAUCACGGCAGGGCGAGGGCGGAGUCACUGCGGGAGGCGGAGCUACUGCAGGAGGCGGAGCCUGGCUCUGCGGGGGACGGUCAGGGAGAGCAGAUAAACCUGCAGCAGGCGCUGAUACACAACCAGUCGUUGUUAUGGGAGAAACAGAAGCAGUUGCAGCAGCUGCGUCGUCAGACAGCCCAAAUGGAGACUCUGGCGGUUCCCAUGGUGCUCGGCCCCGCCCACCGACCCCUCUCCCGAACCCAGUCCUCCCCGGCCUCCACCUCCCUCCUGCUGCCGGACAAGGCGCUCCCCAUGCCUCCCACAGAGACCCCCAGCAAGCCCCGCUUUACCACAGGCUUGGUUUAUGACUCCCAAAUGCUGAAGCACCAGUGCACCUGUGGAGACAACAGCAGCCACCCAGAGCAUGCUGGGAGAAUCCAGAGCAUCUGGUCCCGACUGCAGGAGAGAGGCCUGAGGAGCCAGUGUGAGAGUAUUCGGGGGAGGAAGGCCUCUCUGGAGGAGCUGCAGUCGGUCCACUCUGAGCGCCACGUCCUGCUGUACGGCACCAACCCCCUCAACCGCCUCAAACUGGACAACCGCAAGCUGGCCGGAAUCCUGUCUCAGCGGAUGUUUGUGAUGCUACCGUGUGGCGGUUUUGGGGUGGAUAACGACACCAUCUGGAACGAGAUGCACACGUCCACCGCGUCCCGAAUGGCGGCCGGCAGCGUGACGGAGCUGGCCUUCCGCGUCGCCAAGGGAGAGCUGAAGAAUGGUUUUGCAGUUGUGAGACCCCCAGGACACCAUGCUGACCCAUCUAACCCCAUGGGGUUCUGUUUCUUUAACUCUGUGGCUAUUGCAGUGAAACAGCUGCAGCAGAAGCUCAGUGUCAGUAAGAUCCUCAUCGUGGACUGGGACGUUCACCAUGGCAACGGUACACAGGACGUGUUCUACAACGACCCCAGCGUGCUCUACAUCUCGCUCCAUCGCUAUGACAACGGCAACUUCUUCCCUGGCAGUGGCGGGCCGGCUGAGGUGGGCUCUGGCCCUGGCGAGGGCUUUAAUGUCAACGUGGCCUGGACGGGCGGUCUGGAUCCCCCCAUGGGCGACGCAGAGUACCUGGCAGCCUUCAGGACAGUGGUGAUGCCCAUCGCUCAGGAGUUCUCCCCAGAUGUGGUCUUGGUCUCGUCGGGGUUCGACGCCGCUGAGGGGCACCCCCCAGCCCUUGGGGGGUACAAAGUUUCCGCCAAAUGUUUCGGGUUCCUGACGCGGCAGCUGAUGCUCCUGGCGGGAGGGCGGGUGGUCCUGGCCCUGGAGGGGGGUCACGAUCUGACGUCCAUCUGCGACGCGUCCGAGGCAUGCGUCAACGCGUUGCUCGGCAACGAGGUGGAGCCCCUGUCUCAGGACGUCCUGCAGCAGAAGCCUUGCGCUAACGCUGUGCGCUCACUGCAGAGGGUGCUGCAGAUCCACGGUCAGUACUGGCAGUCAGUGAAGUGUUUUGUCCACACGGUGGAGCUGUCCUACCUGGGGGCUCAGAAGCGGGACUGUGAGGAGACGGACACAGUCAACGCUCUGGCCUCUCUCUCCGUGGGCGUCCUGGCCAGCAAGAGUCCCUCUGACGAGCCUAUGGAAGACCAGGAUGACUCCAUGUAGAGAACUGUGACCUUUCACCCUUCAAGCCUUUUUGGACACAGCUUUCCCUCGCCGACCUCUGACCUUUCGGUACUGUCCUGUGUCCGAGAAUGAGGCGUCACUCUUCCCUGUCCCGGCUCGUGCUCCGCCGGCAUCCCAGCGGUUCCUCCUCCCCCUGUACCGGCUGUGCCUUCAUUGUGAGCCCAUUCAGACCACUGUGCCUCUACACACAUACUACUACUCUUCUACACCAAGUGCUUCUGACGGGGAGGAGCUCGGAGCAGCGAGACUGACCAGAGCAGCGCCCCGUUCGCCUUGCAUAAAUGCAAACUCCUUUCUUCUGUGCCUUCAAAGAAACGGGCACAAAUUCUGUUAGUGAAGGAAGAGAGAAUUAUGGGAGCCAACCAUUGAAGAAUGCAACUUUUGGGAAAGAAAAAAAAAAAAGUCCAGUACCACAAUGUUGUUUUUGCCUUAAUUUUUUAAAAUUUUUUCGCUGAAGACUGUUUGCAGCGAAACAUUCCGAGAGAGCAUUCCUGUCACUGCCUUUGCCGUGGGGGGGGGGGGUGAUUUCCCCCCCGUGCUCCCCCCCUCCCCAAAUCUACAAACAUUAUCUGCCCCUAAGAUUGAAGUUUGUUUUUAAAUCUACCGGACUUAAACUGGGACUGGAGAAAGACAUGGAAGGGAAGGAGUCUCUUUUCUUUGUCAAAACCAGCAGACACAGCCUUCUGAAAAGGACAAAAACAAGUAUUUUGCUUCCCUUUGGAACACAGAAAGUAGGGGGGUGGAGUCCGGAGCUGCCCACGCCCAGCCCCUGUGGAAUGUCUUAUUCUUACUGAUGUCAUUAAUAUUCAUGUUAUUUAACCACUAAAGAAGAAUAAGGAGAAGGAAAACUCAGAGGACUGUGGGGAGGGGUUUUUUUGUGACUUUUGCACUGUGCUUUCCGUAAUGUGAACCAUGACAAAAAAUGUCCAUCCUCUGGGACAAUAAGGAAAAAAAUACUUACCUUAUUUAAAUAUCAGUAGAGCUUUACGCUCGAGACAAAAAAUGAAGCAAAAACGUUUAAACUUUUAAAAUUUCAUUUUGUUUUGAAAUCCUUUUCGCGGUCUUGUUACAGCAUAGGAUCUUGAAGGUGCACUUACGCAUGUGUGCAUGGGUUAACAAAUUUCUGUUUGGCCGGAUUUUAUUGUAGGUCAGAGCAAAGACCAAAGAUAAUGUUUCUGUUUCCGUUUCCCUCAGAACUAACCGAAACGUCAAGUUUACAGUGUCCCACAGACUGUAGCAUGCAAAUCACUGUCAGCCAAUACACUUGCACACGCACACGCACACACACACACACACACACACACACAGUAAAAGAACAUGCACUUCUUUGGACACUGUUAAUUCCACAUCACUGUUUUAUGGACCAAUAAGCAUCCCUCCUCACAAUGAGGAAGGCAACCAAAUUCAUCCUGACCAAUGAACAUUGAGUAAACAGGCUCCUUUAUGUGAGGGCUUGUUUCCGUGCCUUAGGCCGAGAGGCUCAUAGUUCUUAUAUUUGUUUGUGGGAUGAGCCAAGGCUCUCUGUACAGAGCAGUCCACUCAACCACAGCAGUGCCCGAACCAGCAACGGCUUAGGCCUUGUUCAAUCUGUGUAUGUGGUCAGACACGAACAUGUCUGCUUACUUUUUUCUCAGAAGGGGUCAUUCCAGUUUUCUAUUUAAUCAAAUAAGAAAAAGACCAGUAUUUUAGCCUGUGGACAGACAUACCUACUGUAUUGUGUAUAUUUCUUAGUUCGUUUAUAUUAGCUUUUACGAGGACAAAGCUGAAAGUGCAAUUUGGUGGUUUUGUUCCUGAACUGAGUUUGUGUUUUUGAAAGAAAAUCUUUUUUUUUUUCUGAGGUGCCGCUCCGAUUCCUGGACCAGCAGAUCGCUUUGUGCAGAGGGGUCAAUUUGACUUGGUUUACAGCUUUUCUCAAUCUCUUUUUCAAAUGUUACUGCAUUGUUGUAUCAUAAAUGUUGAAAAUUUUUAUUGGUUCCCCAUUUAUCUUUUUUUCCAAUAACUUUUGGGGGAAAUGGUGCAUUUGGAGUAAAGGUAUAUUGUGAAAAUAUAUCAUUUUCCAAAACAAAAACAUAUAGGAAAUUGAAAUAUUAACUGACUAUCUGUUGGAUCCGUUUUCUUGAAAUGACCAGCAAUGCAUUUUCCAUGUUUUAAGUAGCCUAUACUUUUCCAAUAACUUUUUAAAAAUAUAGUAUGACCUGGGUUUAUUUUUUUACAUUAAAAGCGCUGCAAUUAGGUUACAUUAAAUCUAUAAAAUGGAAGACAUGUUUUAAAAUAUUUUUGCAAAUUAUGCAGACAGUGAAUUUAGUAUCUGGGUGAUUUGUUUUGAAUUCAGAGUUUCUUUUUUUUAUUAAUCAUGGUAAAAUGGUGUCUUAAUCCUGUCGUGUCCUCAACAAGAAAACCGUGACUUGUUGAUGCUGAUCCAUUCCAUUUUAAAGCAUUCAUUAAGGAUGCAUGCCUUCGAGGUGCAGUACUGAAACUUUAUUCAAAAAGCGGUUAACUCCCUUAUCAAAACCAGCAAAGUCUUUGUGUUCCUCCAUUUUGACCGACGCUUUCUCAUUAAAGGAUUUUUUUCUGUUACAAACACCAGGCAGAGGAGUGCAGCAGGGCUGCCAGCCCUCGUAUGAUUUCUGUUGAGAAAAUGCGAAUUGCCACCAAGAUUACACGCCAGGCGGAUUAUACUACUAUCCAAAAACCCCACCCUCCAAAAUAAAAGAAAAAAAAGUUCACCCUCACAUGUUUUCCGAAGUCGAGCUGGUCGCUUCACUUUGGUGUUUUAACUUGUGGUUUCCAUGAAGUGUGUAGUGGCGUUUGGAUAUACAGGAUCAGAACUCAUGCACUAAAGCAAAUUAAAUAUCUCGACUCAAUCAUUUUUCACUGUGUAGUUGGCAAUAAGGAGAGAAAUUGGCGGGUAAGUGAAGCGCUGAUGGGCUCUUAAUGUAGGCCCACUCGCGCUGCUUAAAUCAUGCCGAUCCUGUCACCAGAGCUGAUCGCCUGUGUCCUCCUGUACAUAGUCUUGGGGGGAGGGGAAAUACUACUUAUUAUUGAUCUGUAACGCGACGAUUUUCUGUGCAUACUACAUUAUUUAGGGUGAAAUCUGAGACCCUGGGCAGCGUUUGCCCAUUAGAUCCCACCGUUACAUACGACGUCCAAUUCUGCCGCGUUGGAGAAUUUAAUGUAAGAGGAGUUAAAACGAAUUGUUAAUGACCUAAUACGCGUAUUCGCCCCGAACCGACAGCAAUACCGCUGUGUCAUUCUAUCCUGGGGUGCUUCUGAAGGAGCCAGUUUUUCUGUGUGUCGCCUGUUGAUGAAGUAAGGUCUAGAGAAUGUGUGUAAUUACGUUACCUCUCUUCAGCCUUCGCAAGGCCAGUGGGCCGUUUUUUGUCUUAAUCUUCUGUGCUUAAUGUUUUUUAAAUACUGUAGUUGUUUUUAUUAAAAAUGUUGUAAAUAGCUACCAUGACCAAACGACUUCACCAAUGUGCCUUGAGCUGAAUACGUUAAGCCCCUCGUUAGCUGGAGCUUAAAACAAAAAAAAUUACAGAGAAGACUUACUGAAUCUGUUUUACCUUCUUUGCCAUGGCAUUGUUUAUUUUGAUUUAAAUUUGUUUCUUCUGUAUGUACAGGCAAGAAUGUCUAUUUUGUACUGUUUUUCUCCUCUCUUCUUUAUUAAAAGGGAAAACUUUCUGGUUGACCCUAAAUGUGUGCUG